AUGCCUGGCAUUCUCCCCAUGAAGGUCAUCAAAGUUGGGUCCAACGCCCAGACCCGCAUUGCCCAAGCGUGCGAUCGCUGCCGCUCCAAGAAGAUACGCUGCGAUGGCAUCCGCCCGAGCUGCACGCAAUGUGUGAACGUCGGCUUCGAGUGCAAGACGAGCGACAAGCUCAGCCGUCGUGCAUUCCCCAGAGGAUACACGGAGUCACUGGAGGAGCGCGUGCGUAGUCUGGAAGCAGAGGUGCGCGACCUUAAAGAGCUGCUAGACGAGAAGGACGAGAAAAUAGACAUGCUCUCGCGGAUACACUCGCAUUCUUCACAGGGAAAUCCCUCACCCAGGAGAACAUCGAGUUCCCCAUCGCCAAGUUCUGACAACCGCGAGGAGUCGCAAGAGAAGGAAGACAUGUUUAAGGUGCAGCAAACGCCCCUGCUGCUUGACGACGAAAACCGCGAUUCCUACUUUGUCGGCACGUCCAGUGGAAGGACGCUUAUUGAGGCUUUCAAGCAAAGAGCACAGGAGACGGGUCGUCUGAAUGCCGACGUUAACUCAGACGCGUUCUUCGGCUCCGGCUCUAAACCGCCAGCGACGCGCUCACCUGGACGCAUCAUCUCAUGGAAGGCACCACCACGGUUGGUCUCCGACCAGAUGAUCAACAUCUUCUUCCAGGAAUGGGCACCCCUAUUCCCAGUUCUGCACCGGCCGACUUUCCUUUCGCUGUACGAACAGUACGUGGCCAGUCCCGAUACCAUGGUUGACAAGAAGUCAAUUGCAAAUCUUAAUCUUGUGUUUGGUAUUGCUGCACUGUCAAGCGAUCCUCGCGACGGCCAAGACGUCGAGUCCUUCGAAGCACAGUGGCAAAAUGCCAUUGAGAGCUUCUUGAUGGACAACGACCUCGCCACCCUGCAAUGCCUUGUCCUGGCUCAGAUCCACUGCCUUCUGAAGGCCGAUUAUGCGCGCCUGCUCAAGUACAAAGGCUUGGCUAUAAGUCUGGCACAACGCCUUGGCUUGCAUCAAUCUCAGAAACGUUUCGCGCUUGGAGCUCUGACAAGUGAGACCAGAAAGAAGGUCUUCUGGUCGCUCUACACCGUCGACUGUCUGUCUGCCGCCCAUCUCGGUCUGCCCAAGCUUUUCAAAGAAGAGGAUAUUCAUUGCGAGUAUCCCGUUGAUGCUGACGAUGAAUACGUCACCGAGAAGGGUUUCUUGCCAACUCUUCCCGGAGAGUUCACCAAGCUUUCGAGCGCCCUGGCACUCUUCCGUAUAUCGCGUAUCCUAUCAAAAGUUCUCACGGAGCUCUACCCCGCAUCCACGUCGCACGAGAUCUCCUUCCGUUCUAUGACUUCUCUUGCGGACGAGUUGGAAGACUGGCUCAACAACCUGGCCCCUCACCUCAAGCUUACCUUUGCACAAGACAAGCCUAGCACCAACGUUACCAGCAGCAGGUCGCCGAUUUUAUCUUUGGCAUAUCAUCACAUCCGCUCCCUGAUCUAUCGCCCAGCUGUCGUUGCCAACCUUGGGGACAAGGGCUCCUCGGCAAUGGUUGCUGUCAGCGAUGCCUGCAAACACAUCGUCCAAAUCGUUCAACUCCUUGAUGAGCGCAAGUUGAGCUUCUCUUUCUGCCUGAACCGGAAUGAGGUCCUUGUCCAAGCUGGCUUUGGCCUGUUGUUCCAGACUCUCAACUUGGAUCGCGAAGGCAAACUGAUCAAGGAUUGCAAUCGUCUCGUCUGUGCUGUUAUUGAGAUGCUAGAUCAGGGUACUGCCGCAGGAGCUGUCGAGUUCCGCCGUCUUGGCUAUGCAAUGGUCUCUAUUGCACGCGUCGACCAAGCUCCCCUUCCAGCAAUCUCCCGACACAACUCCGAAGGCAGCAUGCGUGCACCCCUAGACACAUUCAGGGCUACGCAAAAGUCUCUAAAGGCCAUCGCGGCUCGAUUCUCACCUGCUGCCGCAAAAGCUCGCCAAGACGCGAAUGAACCUCGCCGUGCUACACUCCCCCACAUCACACCAACCAUGGGUCACCACGCCAACCAAUCGUCAACCAGCCUGAACUCGAUCCGCUCUGAGCCAGGCGCCCGCUCAGAACCCACUCUUAGCCCCCUCACUCACCGCUCCACUCUAGCACUCUACACUAAACGUCGAGCCAGCAAUGCCCUCCGCCAGAAUCCAAACAUCGACUACCUCUCUUUCGGCCCGGAUCCUCUGGCCAACUACCCUUUCGGCAACAAUACUUGUGGAAAAGAAGUUUCCGCCUCUGACUGGGAACGCCUCCUCUCAAGCCUCGACAAUGGUCAAACAAAUAUCUACGACACCAUCUACGGCGGACCACCUGCAGACGCUCUCCUCGACUGCCCACCACUAUCCGCAGGCGCGGAAACAAACCUUACCUGGUCGCCUAGUGUUUGGAAUUGGGGGGGACAUACUGGGGAGGCGCCUCCGCAAAGCGUUCUCAGCUUCAGCGAUGAAAGCCUAACAAGUGGGGAGGAAUUCGUUGGUAACUAUAGUACUGGAGAUUUCGGUUCAACGCCCGGCAACGAAAGGGUAUAUCAAGGGAUCAUGAUUCCUGAUAUGAGUACGCCUAACAGCGGGAUUGGAUUAGCAGGCCUGGACGGAAACUUUGGAUUGUAA